GUUAUGCCUUUAUCAUAACUCGAGCUAAACAACCUCCAUUCUCCUCUUCUAUAUCUCUUCUCUUUUCUUUCCACUUUGCCAAAUCAAAGAAUUUAAAAAUCAUGAAGGUCAAAGUAGAAAGUUCAAGAAUCAUUAAGCCUUUCUAUGAAGACAUCCCUCCUUCUACUAAAAGCUACAUUCCCCUUAGUGUAUUUGAUAAGGUCACCUACGAAGCCCAAAUUGCUGUCAUCUAUGCCUAUCGCCCUCCUACCCCACCAAAUGCCGCCAUUAAAUUGGGACUUCAAAAAGCCAUAGCAGUUUACCGAGAAUGGGCAGGGAGAUUAGGAAAAGACGAACGUGGAAAUCCAGUGAUUUUACUCAAUGAUGAAGGCGUUAAAUUCGUCGAGGCAUCAUCGGAUAGCACCCUUGAUAAAGUAAUACCGUUUAAGCCUUCGGCUUCUUUGCUCAAACUACAUCCUAGCUUGAAUAAUGUGGUGGAAUUAGUUCAAGUUCAAGUCACAAGAUUCACUUGUGGCUCGUUGGUGGUCGGCUUCACCGCCCACCAUACGGUGGCGGAUGGCCAUUCCACCAGCAACUUCUUGGUUGCAUGGGGUCAAGCCUGUCGAGGGCUUGACAUCAAUCCACUUCCUUUGCAUGAUCGUACAAUUUUCAACCCUCGAAACCCUCCUCUCAUUGAGUAUGAGCAUAAGGGGGCAGAGUUCAUGUCAAAGUUUGUUAAAAAGGAGAAUUCGCUCAAUGAAACUCAUCAUGUAACGGAAGAUAUAGUGGUGCACAAAGUCCAUUUCACAGUAGAGUUUCUUGCCAAGAUCAAGGCUAAGGCUUCUUCCAUGAAUGGCAACAAUAAACCUUAUAGCACAUUCGAAAGCCUUGUUGCACAUUUAUGGAGAGCCAUAACUAAAGCUCGUGGUCUAAGUGGCUUUGAGACCACUCAUAUAAGAAUCUCCGUCAAUGGUCGAAUGAGGUUGAACCCCAGAAUACCUAAUGAGUAUUUUGGAAACUUAGUCCUUUGGGCAUUUCCAACUGCAAAAGUGAAGGACCUUUUAAGAGAGCCUCUUCCCUAUGCAACAAAGCUUAUUCAUGACGCCGUUAUGAAGGUAAACAACAACUAUUUCAGAUCAUUCAUUGACUUUGCUAAUCAUAAAGUACUGAAGGAGGACGAAGAUCUUGUCCCUACAGCGGACAUGAACAAGCACAUAUUAUGCCCUAAUUUAGAAGUUGACAGCUGGUUAAGAUUUCCAUUUUACGACCUAGACUUUGGAACUGGUUGUCCGUACAUGUUCAUGCCUUCUUAUUUCCCAACAGAAGGCAUGAUGUUUCUUCUCCCGUCGUUCAUCGGAGACGGAAGUAUUGACGUUUUCAUUCCUUUGUUCCAGGACAACUUGCCCACGUUCAAGAAAAUUUGUUAUUCUUUCGACUUGCUUCAGAAUUAGAAGAGUACAAUCAUCCUCAACUAUGUGUUAUAUGAAUAUUCAUUUUUAGCCUUCUCCUUUAUUUUUCUUCCAUUUUGUGUUUUUAAAAUUUAAUGUUUUACUUCCUCCUCUUGGCUAAGCGAUAGGGAGGAUGGGAAAUUAAUAUAUAUGUCGUUGCAUAAUAGAAGAGCAGUUAAUUCUCUUGC